AUGAAGGAGGCGCUCAAGGUAGCUCAAUCUGCUCUGAGUUCAAAAGAGGUGCCUGUAGGUUGUGUCUAUGUCUAUAAAGGUCAUAUCAUAGGUAGAGGAUUUAACAAAACUAAUCUCACUUUGAACGGUACUCGACACUCCGAAUUUAUAGGCUACGACGAGAUAAGACAGACUUUCAAAGAUAACUUCAGAGAGGUAUUCAAGGAGACAGACCUUUAUGUGACUGUGGAGCCAUGUAUUAUGUGUGCUAGUCUCUUGAGACAACUGGAGAUUAGACGUGUUUUCUUUGGAUGUGCCAAUGAAAGAUUCGGUGGUAACGGAUCGGUCUAUCAAGUCAACACCGAUGUUUGUGAAUUAGCCGAACAGUAUCAUGUGCAUACAGGAAAAACCUAUGUCUCUUAUCCGGGAAUCCUUAGCAGAGAAGCUGUGAUUCUUCUACGGAAUUUCUAUAUUUUGCAUAACGACAAAUCUCCAAUUGCAAACGAUAAAAAACAUAGACGCUUGGAGUUACAGAACUUUCCUAUCUUAAAUUACAGUAAACAUCUUAGCAGGGCCGAAUUUACUGAAAUGUUUGGUGAACAAUACGGUUUCAUAUAUGAUAACAACGACUUAAUGACUUUCAAUGAUAACGGACGUUUGAUCAAUAAAGUCACGGACAAAACUAUGAAUAAAAGGCAAAAAGUGUGCUCAUAA